AUGUGUUCAAUUUCCCCUCGCUUCAUUUCCAUCCGUUUUGGUUCACUUUGCUUUUUUUUUUCUUUGUUAUGUAUAGGUACCGCCUUUAAGUGUUUUUGUGUUUGGGUGCACGGCCAUCCUGUGCGAUCUGCGAGUUGUUUCUGUUGCAUCCGGAGGAUGACCGCGCAUUUCAGAUUGUUAUAUUCAUCUUUGCUUGUAUCUCUCUCUCCCUCUCAAACACGUAAAUACAUGUAUGCCUCCCCCUUUAUUAAGAUUGUUUUAUUCGUUUCACUGUUACUCUUCCUGUCCGAAUACGGUAACUUUAAACUUCUCUUUUUUUUUUCUCAAGAAAGUUCAUUUUAUGACGCGACAGUGAGACGGGUACUCAAACUCUCACAGGUGUGUGCAUUUAACAUAGGGUUAUUUUAUAUUGUUAUGGCGUUUAUGUGGUAA